UGCCCUUCCUUUCCUCCCGCUCCAGGAAGGCCGAGUCGCAGGCGGCGCCCGGCAAGCCGUUCGUCCAGCACGCGGAGGCGCCGGGGCCUCGGGGCGGUGGCGCCCUGGGAGAGGACGCCGGGGAGGACGCGUGGGCCUGCGGCGCAGCGGGGAUCGUAAGGAAACAAAGGAGCAGCCACAACAAACGGGGGAGGAGAAAUGGUGCCAACGGUAGCCCCGGCCAGUGGAUGUCCGGCAUCCCUCAGGAGAACUUCUCUCUUUGGAACUUGGACUCCGAAAUACCUGUUCCUGAAAAUAAAAACUUCCAACCCAGAGGGGAUGGUGCGGCAGGUGGCAGAAUUAGCAAGAAUCACUUGGAGUUUCCGGUAGAGCAACUUAUGCUAGAACUGAAUUUGUCAGAGCAUGCUCAGAAAAGAACACAGAAUUGUAAACAAGGGGUGUUUCGGUUGUGGAGUUACCCUCUUCAUGAAGGAAGCACCAUGGAGAACAGGGAGUUCAGAGCCUCGGCCGUGGAAGCUGGCUCACGUGGAAGCAGUAAUCCCAUAAGUCUCUUCCCUUUGAACCACUCCUUACCGAGUGCUUCGGCUGAGAAGCACCUGGAGUCUGUCCCUGGCCCCCCGAUGCCGUGGGACCUCUGCUGGCCCUACGCAGACGGAGACUUCCUGAAGGACACAGACGAGCUCCACAGUAGUUCACGCUCGGCUGUGGAGUGCAAGAGUGCCAGAACUUUCCCUGCUCCGCCCUGGACUUUGAGAUGUGGAAACAGCAGUGUGGAAGAAAACCUAACCGAUGAAAGCGACGUAUCAGAAACUGAGAAAACGAAUGAUACUCUACUCAGCUAUUUUAAAAAGAUGGACUCAAAACUAAAGCCAGAAACAAUAGAAAACAUUGAAGACUCGUUCCCCGAGGAACCCGACGAGGCCUUCGCCUACCCCGACUUCCUCCCUGCCCCUUUCCAUGCGCUGGACUUGCACAAGCUGGCGCUCUCCAAGUCUGAAAGCUGGAGAGCAGCAGCGGACCCUGUGGAGAGCGCCAUCGAACCUCUGAUCACGCGCUUACUGGAACUCGAGAGGCUGCAGCACGCAACCAUACAGAAGGAGAAGCUCAGGUUGCAGCCUGCUGUCUGUGCACCGACAGCUCCCGAGCAGCCCUCUGCAGCCAAGGCUACGCCGAGAGCCAAGCAGCCCAAAGCAGCUGACCCUCUCAGUUCUCAGACGUCUUGGGCAGAGAAAAGCCGAGAAAAAAGGAAGAACAACUCUGGUUCUUACAAGCUCGAACAGAAUGCUUCCAAAUGGAAUUGGAGCAGUUCUGGCAAAUGUAAAUGGGAUUCGAGACCCACCUCCCUGAAAAGCUCGUCCACUGUGAGACAGCUGACUGCGUGUGAUGACCCUAAGAAUCUCAGAGGUUCCCUUUUAAAUCCAGGCCAAGAACUCGCCGCUAAACCCACGCUUGCACAAACAACUCACUCCCUGGUUACAAUGGUCUCCACAAGAUCCCCACCACCAAGGUCUCCAAUGCCAGUAUCACCUGUACCUCUGACUUUCCCCGAAAAUCCGAGGGAAGAAAUCGAGGCACCAAGGACUAAAAAAAAUCUCCACCGAAAAAAUAUAGCAUUGAAUAGACCAUACUAUAUUCAGAAGCUCAACUGUCUGUCCACGUCAUUUAUAGCUCAGAAUAAGUGCUCACCCAUUGACCAAAAAUAACCUAUUCCGC